AUGCCUGAAGCAAAAUUAGACACCAAUGACAAACAUCGAAAGAAAAGCGAUUCCAGUGAAUCGCAACACCAACGACGCAAGAAACCAACCUUCGGUGAAAGAGAAACACCGUACUUAACGAUACCAACGAUGAAAAAAAAAACACCAAACAGGACGAUGCCAACGACGCAAGGCACCAACUAG